UAACUAAUGGUUUCGAGAAGGGAAUUAAUCUGUAAGGAUGAGCACCAACAAUACCAAUGUGUCCCUCCUGCAUUACAUCGCGAAUCGCCACAGCGACUUUUACAACUGUGUCAUUCAAAGUCUUCCCAAUCUCAUAAAGAGCAAAAGUUAAAUGGCAUCAAACAAUAUGUGAAUCAAUUGAGAAAGUCACUUCUUCCCCAACAACAAUCGUUACUUUCGCUCACCGAUCUGCCCCUCUCCGAACUGCAAUCGCGUUUGCGAUCCAACCAAAUCAACCCCCUCGAUUUAUUGCAUGCAUUUCAGCUCAAAGCUGCAAACUUAUACGAAAAGGGCAAUUCUGGUAUAUGUGAAUUUAUUCACGAAGCUGAGCACCAAGCACAGAGUUUAACCGGUGACGCCGCAUCAUUCAAUUCCGAGCUGUAUGGAAUUCCCGUGAGCGUGAAGGAGCUAUGCUGUGUACAGGGCUACGACGCCACUUUCGGCCUCCUCAAGUUAUGUGGUCAGCCAGCCGCAGAGGACUGUGUUCUAGUAAAGACUCUAAGGCAAGCCGGUGCGAUUCCAUUUGUGCUUACGGCCACAUCUCACUUGGCAUUGACCACCAGUGGCGUGAAUCCGGUGUUCGGGGACAUGCACAAUCCGUAUUCAACACGCCAUGAGCCCGGAGGCAGCUCGACGGGGGAAGCUUUGCUGCUGGCACAGAACGGUUCACCGGUGGGAUUGGGGACCGACAUUGCUGGAAGUAUUCGUAUCCCAAGUGCGUUCUGCGGAUUGGCUGGUUUAAAGCCUACAUCCACGCGGCUGAGCAGCCUAGGAUUAGCAGAGCUGUUUCCGCAAUCGGUGAUUUGUCUGUCCGUCACUGCUGGACCUAUGGGCCGUCGUGUCGAAGAUUUGGCGAAAGUUAUGCUCACCUUACUAGGACCGGUCAUGUUCCAAUUGGACUCCUCAAUCCCCGUACUACCAUUUAAAAAGGAGGUGUAUCAGGGUGAGGACAAGUCCAAUCUUCUCAUCGGUUAUUACGACACACUGUCUGACCCUGAUAUUACACAGACAGUUCCAUCUGUACGCAGAGGCAUUUUAAGAGCGGUGGAAAUUCUCAGGCGAAGAGGACAUCGAGUUUUACAAUUCACUCCACCUGAACCGUCCAAGGCACUUCGACUGGGGUUGCGUGCACUGUGCGUCGAUGGGGGUAGAGCGAUUUCUGAUUGGCUCGCCAACGAACCACAUACACCACAAACCAAAGCAGUGAAUGUCGUCGCCUCUCUACCAAACAGUCUACGAUGGAUUGUAGACGCAAUCGCCAGGAGAUUUAUUGGACGACCUGCAGCCGUGUCAGCAAUGGUGCGGAUGCCUUCCGGCGUUUCUGACCUCAUGAAGCUAGUUUUGGAAAUUAGAGCAUAUCGACGGUGUUUCGAGACGGCUUGGAUGCAAGCUGGAGAUUUCGACGCUGUUCUUUGUCCUGUAUGGGCAUAUCCAGCAUAUCCUCGUGAAAUGCCUGUGUUCUACGCUAAUCCUCCCGUUCUGUACACUCUCCUGUACAAUCUGCUCGAUUAUCCCGCUGGGGUUGUUCCCAUGGGCACGGUGAGUCGGGAGGAUGUCGAAGUUGCAUUGCAGAUGGCCGAAAAAUGCAAAGCUGGCGGGGACAAAUUUCACGAGAAGGUGUUGCGCUAUCAGAAUGAAACGGAAAAUUUGCCACUCAGUGUGCAGGUGGUCUCCAAGCCGUUCCGAGAGGAAGUGGUUUUGCGUGUGAUGAGAGAGUUGGAAGUCGAUCGUGAAUCGGUAACCUUACCCGGUUUAUUCUGAACCAUAUCAAACCUGGCGCAACCGUGGUACGGAUGUUGGACAGUAACUGUAAACACUGAUUUUCUUGUCUAAGACAGGAGUAAGAUUCAAUCAGUUGUCACCAUUAAACGACUAAUUGGUAUCUGAUUGUCUGAUUGUGACCCUUGCAGAUCAUUUGAUCGAUGUUCUAACGUUGCCGUGAAUAAGGCUGUGUUUUG